CAGCAGGGCCGCGCCUCGCCUCGCCAAACGGGGCCGACGCCUGGCCCGACGCGCAGCACGCCGCCCGGACACGCGAGGAGAGGAAACGCUGCGCGGCUCGUCGCGGACCCCGCGCUCCGCCUCGGACAGCACGAACCGGAGCAGGCCGGAGUCCCUCGCUAGCCGCGACUUCGACGCCGGGCCGCCAUGACCGCGGCCGCAGCGGCGACCUCGCCGAGGCCCGCGGGGAAGUCCGCGGCGUGCGUGUGGCCGCGCGCCAAGGGGCUGGACGGGUGCCUGGCCCUGUUGCUGCCACUGCUGUCCCUGGUGCUGCUGCUGCUCCACGCCCCCACCAGCGCGGACGCCGCGGCCAUCGUCGCCAAGCGCAGCUACAACGAUCAAUCCGUGCGCGGCUACUUGACAGAGCGCGCCUGCUGGUGGAACGAGAUCUGCAAGGAGGAGUUCCAGACGCAGUUCCGCUGCAAGUGCCCGCAGUGGUCCUACUGCCGGUCGCCGGGCCGCUACUACAACGCGUACUGCACGGUGACGGGCACGGGCUACAUCUGGACGCAGCCCGGCUGGGGAGGCUCUGCCGCCGCCGCGCCCGCCUCGGCCGCGGGGGCCUGAACCCGAAGGAACCCGAAGGGACCCGAAGGCCCUGACAGCCGGCACAGGGUGCCAGAAGACUGGUGGAGGCGGUCGAAAUCCCGGACGCGUUUUGAGCUCCAGAGUCGCUCAAUGGGACUCGAACCGGACGUGUUACCCCACCCAUGGAUUGCUCUCUGAACGAGGAGUCAAUUAGUGGUGGUCACAUGCACGGUUCACGUCCCAUUUAGCGCCUCUGGAGCUCAAAACGCGUCUAGAGCUUUGGCCGCAGGCGCCGGUCAUCUGGCCCACUGUGCCUGUGGGUGAUGGAGUUGUCGGUCUCAGGCGCUCAUGUCUUCUAAGCGCUCGGACUGUUUCGAUGACAACAGCAAAGCGAUGCUGCGCUGUGUUUUCGGCGCUCUCGCUCUCUCGCACCCCUGCGGAACGCCCCAUGAGUGCGAGAGGGACAGAACGACCAUAGCACCGUUGUUCGGCACCAACCUGCUGUCGGUCUGAUCUUUGCCGAGAGGACAGAAAGACAGAAAGAGAUGCAGGCAGUGUUGCCAGUACCAAAGAGGCAGCAACGUGCCACUUUAUUCGGGCCAUGCCUGCUAGCAAACGAAGUUACCUGCCACUGGCAACACUUGAAAUGCGGCUAGGAGACGGUUGCAAUUUCUCACGUUCAAUAAUUUAUCCACUGCCCUAACCCCUUACUGCCUCCGGCUCGGCACGGCUCGACGUGUCGGUUUCCUUUCGAGUACUGUAUCCAUAGAGAUAGCUCAACAUUGUGCUAAACAAUAUGAUGAUGUGUUAAUUUUUGUAAGUUUGUUGUAUUGUUGCUGGGGAGGCCUCCAGCCAGGUUCUAGCAAAUACAGUUGUCGUCUUCCUCACAC